CUUUAGGUGAAAUACGUUUAUUUCCUUAUCAAUUUGAAUACAUUAUACAUUUUUAUUUUUUUCUGAUUUAUCUGAUGGAGCUGAGCAGGAAAGAAGUUCCACUUUAUGGACAGGCAAGAGUCUUUGUGUUAAUUCCAUCUCAAACAGAAUCGGAGGAAAUGUUUGUGGUUUUAGAAGGUUCAAGUUUAAUUCACGUUCUACAGACUAAAGUACACACUCUGACCUACUUCAUCACUCCAGGCCAUAACCAGCAGGAGACAGUGUGUGUGAGAGCAUACACACAUGUUAGAGGUGUGCUGCGGUAUGUUGGUGUGUCAUUUCUGAAGUAUGUUGAGGACGAUGCACAGGAGAUGGCUGAGUACUUUGUAUCCCAUAGCAACCAGCUUGGCACUAUCGAAUACAGCGAUCUGAUUGGUCGAUACGAUCUGAGUGACAGCAGUGUGCGAGCAGAGAUGGAUAAAAAAGUUGCACUUGCUCUGGCAAACCUUCAGACCAACCACAACCUGCUGAACCACACACACGGUGCUCUGUGUGUGUGUAUGUGUGUUUUUGUGUGUGUAUGUGUGUGAAGGUUCUGUUUAAUGUCCAGCUUACACACACAUCCGGAAUUCAGUUAUAAUUAAAGCCAGAGCUGUAAUAAAAUUUCAUCACCAUGGCAACCAGAGAGUAAACUAAUUACACUGACAGUGUGUGUUUGUGUGUGUGUGUGUGUUUCUGUUCAAAGAACAAGUGUGUUAUAUCACUCUUUCUCUGUUUUCCCUCUUUUCCUGUCAGCUCAUUUUCUGUGUGUGUGUGUGUGUGUGUGUGUGUGUGUUUGUGUAGAGUCUCUGCUGCAUGUGUGUGUGCGUUUGGGUUUCGUGCGAGUGUGUGAGUUCCUGCUGUCUCAGCCUGGAGCUCUCAUGGUCAUUAAUUCAGCCAAUCAGGAAGGAGACACUCCACUUCAGCUUGCCCAGAGGACCAAUCAGCAGACACUCGUGCACCUGCUCACACAUCCUCCAAACCCACUCACCACUCCUCUUGCUGGAGUGUCUCACAUUCAAAUCGACUCAUCCCACCUUUUGCGCUUUAUUCAUGCCUCUGGAGUGAUGUCCCUGUCGGUGUGUGUGUCAGAAUGUGUGUCCUCUACUCAGUUACACUCAGCAAUCUUACUGCUCAGAGAAUGUGUCAUGGAUUCUGCCCUCAUACACAAGAUUACAUCAUUAUGUGGACGUAUACAGUGCAGAUCAGAUCAGGAGUCUUUAUCAUCAUCUUCAGAGGAUCUUCAGUCAGGAGAAUCUCCUCACACCAUCAUCACACACACAGAUUUAAUCAGCAGCUGCAGUGACCCUGAAGAUGAAGAACUUUUACUGUCCAUCAGCUCAGGUGGAUCAGACACUGAGGCAAACACUGCAGCUGUGUUUAACCAUGAACCCACAGAUAUGCAAAAGCAACACUACACUGAGACUGAGAGCAGAACAUGUACACUGACCUGCACAGAGUAUCUUGAAGAAACAGCUCUCAUCAGUGAGAGUAAGUUGACUGUUAAUGAAGGAGCAGUUGUGGAGGAGACAGGCGAAUGGCCAGUGCGGACAUCAACUCAAACUAAUGUCACACACAAGGUCCCGCUGAAGGCAUCUACACUCUCCAUGUUGCUUUGUUCAUCAAGCCACAGCUCUCCAUCCCUGUUCAGCAGCAGCCACAAGAACUCCACCUCACACAGGAGGAGGAGUAACAGUGAGGGGUGUGGUCACGAGAUGACAAUGAGGAAAUCAUGGUCUCUGAUUGGUCAGUGUGUCAGUAGUUCCUCAACUCCAUGUGAAAUCACAGUUCCUGCACCGUUGGAUUAUUCCGCCGAGUCGUGGAGUGCUGUUGUCGGGUUUGAAUUCUCACACACACUUGACCGAAAAACUGUGAAAAGACAGGAAGUGAUCUAUGAGCUCAUGCAGACAGAGUUUCAUCACGUUCAGACUCUCACGGUGAUGAGUGACGUUUUGAGGCGGGGCUUAGUGGAGGAGGUGCAGCUGGAACAGGAUGUGAUUGGUCAGAUUUUCCCAUGUUUGGAUGACCUCAUAACUCUGCACAGGAACUUCCUGACCAAGAUGGAGAACAGACAACACACUUCAACACACCUGAGCAACAACAAGAACUUCAUCAUCCACAGGAUCGGAGACAUACUGCUACAGCAGUUCUCAUGUACAUCUGCAGGUCACAUGACGGCUCUGUAUGGAGAUUUCUGCAGUAAACAAUCUGAAGCACUGAAAAUUUAUAAACAACUUCAGCAGAGCAACAGGAAACUACAGCUGUUCCUCAGACAGCAGAGCAGUAAUUCAGUCAUUAAACGCAGAGAAAUCCCAGAAUUCCUGCUGCUGGUUACACAGAGAAUCACAAAAUACCCCGUCCUGCUGGAGAGACUACUGCAGCACACCGAUGGGGACAGAAUCGAGCAUGAUGAUGUCAUGGCGGCGCUGGAGGGGGUGCGGUGUGUGUUAUCAGGUGUUGAGCUGCAUGUGGAGAAAAUCCAGCGUGCACGGGAACUUGAUGAUAUCAUCAACCGUUUGGAUAACAAGAGCUUCACUCGCCUGAAGAGUGGAGAGAUCUACAGCAAACACACUCUCACACACACACCACACACACUCACACACUCUGCUACACUCACUUGCAGGACUACAUCAGGCAGACUGAGAGAUGUUUUCGCACUUCUUCUCUCUGAUGUUCUGGUUUUUCUUCAGGAGAAAGAGCAGAAGUUCACAUUCGCUGCUUUGGAGCAGAAACCUGCUGUUGUUCCUCUGCGUGCUUUGAUCCUGAGAGAAAUUGCCAAUCAGGAUCGAGGACUGUUUCUGAUCAGUAGUGACGCAGCAGAGCCAGAAAUGUAUGAGAUCCACACACAAAAUCGUGAAGAGAGAGACAGGUGGAUCACACUGCUGCAACGCACCACAGACAGUUUGCCUGAUAAUGAACUGAAGAAUAAUGAAGAGAUGAAAUGCAAGAACAUAAACACACUGCAAGAGGCUCUGUUUUCUCUAGAUGUGCAGGUGUAUGCAGUUCUGGAGGAGAAACUCAGGGUAUGUGUUGGGAAUUUGACUCACCAGCAUCUGCUCAUACAAACACACACACACACACCACGUGGAGCGACACUACUGACUGCUGCACAGGCAGAGGUAGUAAAUCUGCUGGUGUGUGUGAUGUCACUGCUCUUUGGUUAUCAUGAUUUCAUUCAGCAUGCUGAGGAACUGAGCAAGAAACGUCUAAAACGGAAGGAACCUCUUAUACUAAAGGUGGUGGACUGUGUGCAGAGUUUAACUCAGAUCUUGUACAGUCUCCAGGCUGCAGUUAUGAUGCAAGACAGUGUGUACGAGGUUCAGAAACUCCUGAUCCUGGAGGAAGAAACUCUGCAGCCUGACACUGAUGGGAAGGUUGAUGACGGGAGUAUGCGCAAUUCAAAUGUGGAGCAGAGAGACAGCGAUCACUCUGAGGAGAUGGACAGGAUGAAAAGAGAGAAGGAAGAACUGGAGGUGGAGCAACAGCAGUGGGUGGAGCGAGCUCAGGCUCUGAGAGAGGAGGAGGCAGGAGUGGAACGAGAAAGAAGGCGGAUCCAGCAAGAGGAGAGACGAUUAAGAAAGGAGAGAGAGAGGAUGGAGAGGAAACUCCGCCUCUCACAGCAAAACUCCACCAAUCGCCAGCGCAGCCUGUCAGUCAUCCCACUGGACAAAUAAGUGUGAUGAAAAAUGUAGUGAGGGUGUAGUGUGUGUAUGUAGUGAAAGUGUAGUGUAGUGUGUGUAUGUAGUGAAAGUGUAGUGUAGUGUAGUGUGUGUAUGUAGUGAGGGUGUAAGGUGUAUAUGUAGUGUAGUGUAGUGUGUGUAUGUAGUGAAAGUGUAGUGUAGUGUGUAUAUGUAGUGAGGGUGUAGUGUUGUUUAGUGUUCAUAUGUAGUGAGGGUGUAGUGUGUAUAUGUAGUGACGGUGUAGUGUGCAUAUGUAGUGAGGGUGUAGUGUGUAUAUGUGGUGAGGGUGUAGUGUGUAUAUGUGGUGAGGGUAUAGUGUAGUUUAGUGUUUAUAUGUAGUGUAGUGUGUAUAUGCGGUGAGGGUGUAGUGUGUAUUUGUGGUGAGGGUGUAGUGUAGCGUAGUGUCUGUAUGUAGUGAGGGUGUAGUGUGUAUAUGUAGUGAGGGUGUAGUGUGUAUUUGUGGUGAGGGUGUAGUGUAGCGUAGUGUCUGUAUGUAGUGAGGGUGUAGUGUGUAUAUGUAGUGAGGGUGUAGUGUGUAUAUGUGGUAAGGGUGUAUAUGUAGUGAGGGUGUAGUGUGUUUUGUGUUUAUAUGUAGUGUAGUGUGUAUAUGCGGUGAGGGUGUAGUGUGUAUUUGUGGUGAGGGUGUAGUGUAGUGUGUAUAUGCGGUGAGGGUGUAGUGUGUAUAUGCGGUGAGGGUGUAGUGUGUAUAUGCGGUGAGGGUGUAGUGUGUAUAUGCGGUGAGGGUGUAGUGUGUAUUUGUGGUGAGGGUGUAGUGUAGUGUGUAUAUGCGGUGAGGGUGUAGUGUGUAUAUGCGGUGAGGGUGUAGUGUGUAUUUGUGGUGAGGGUGUAGUGUAGCGUAGUGUCUGUAUGUAUUGAGGGUGUAGGGUGUAUAUGUAGUGAGGGUGUAGUGUGUAUAUGUGGUAAGGGUGUAUAUGUAGUGAGGGUGUAGUGUGUAUUUGUGGUGAGGGUAUAGUGUAGUUUAGUGUUUAUAUGUAGUGUAGUGUGUAUAUGCGGUGAGGGUGUAGUGUGUAUAUGCGGUGAGGGUGUAGUGUGUAUUUGUGGUGAGGGUAUAGUGUAGUUUAGUGUUUAUAUGUAGUGUAGUGUGUAUAUGCGGUGAGGGUGUAGUGUGUAUAUGCGGUGAGGGUGUAGUGUGUAUUUGUGGUAAGGGUGUAGUGUAGCGUAGUGUCUGUAUGUAGUGAGGGUGUAGUGUGUAUAUGUAGUGAGGGUGUAGUGUGUAUAUGUAGUGAGGGUGUAGUGUAGCGUAGUGUCUGUAUGUAGUGAGGGUGUAGUGUGUAUAUGUAGUGAGGGUGUAGUGUAGUGAAAGUGUAACUGUGUGUAUUUGUGUAAAUGUUA